CUUGAAGCUGGUGCCAUGGUUCUUGCUGAUCGUGGUGUUGUCUGCAUUGAUGAAUUUGAUAAAAUGAAUGAUCAAGAUCGAGUUGCUAUUCAUGAAGUUAUGGAACAGCAAACUGUAACCAUUGCAAAGGCAGGAAUACAUGCCUCACUAAAUGCAAGAUGUAGUGUAAUUGCUGCAGCAAAUCCAAUAUAUGGAACUUAUGAUCGUUCAUUGACACCAACAAAGAAUAUCGGGCUUCCGGAUUCACUGCUUUCCUGUUUUGAUUUACUUUUUAUUGUUCUUGAUCAAAUGGACCCUGAGAUUGAUCGGCAAAUCUCAGAACAAGUUGCACGAAUGCAUAGAUAUUGCACUGACGAUGGAGGAGCAAGGUCUCUUGAUAAAGAGGGAUAUGCUGAAGAAGAUGAUGGUGAUGCUAAUGCAGCCAUUUUUGUCAAGUAUGAUAGAAUGCUCCAUGGUCAGGAUAGAAGAAGAGGAAAGAAAUCCAAGCAGGACAGGCUAACUGUCAAAUUUCUGAAGAAAUAUAUUCAUUAUGCGAAGAACCUUAUUCAACCAAGGCUCACUGAUGAGGUAACCUUUUCCAAUCCUGGAUACAGUCAUACAGAGCAAUACAAAGUUGUGGAGGUAUUAGUGUUUAUGGAAGAGCUACAGGUCUGAGAUCCAUGCAGAAUUUAGAGUUUUUAUGAUGUCAAAUACCCUC